AUGAACCCAGAGGAGGCUAUGGAGAAGUAUGUCGCUCUUCUUUCAGAUAAUAUGCCCAGGUGGACGCCACAAAAGCACAAAGUACGAUUCCUGCUUCGUGGGAUGGAUCCAUUUCUUUGCGUUAAUUACCUCCUCAUAAAAACCUUUUAGCUGUCGUCUAACAUUCGUCAAUUGGUAAUUGUUCUUGUUUCAGACUGAAGGUGAUCAUUUGGAAGGAGAGGGCUCUAUAAGUGAAGGGAUAACCGAUUAUGGGGUUGGCUUUUCAAGCUCACAACUUCAGGAUCAAAUAAAUGAAAGGUAUCAUUUUAAAGCUUUCAUCUGCACCCAUCGGACGCCAUAGUCUACAUUUUUCUGUUUUCUCUUAACCAUUGGUCAAGCAUUCUGCAGGGAACCAGAAACCCAUUCUUACAGUGAAGAAUGUGAUGUGGAUGGUAUUUCUGAAGGCAAUGGACAAGGUAAGACCAAGAAACAUCUUGUUACUUUCUUAGAGUAUUGAUCCUAUUUUUUAUUCAGCUGUCUUUUUAGGACCGAGAUGUAAUAUUCCAAAUUUAUUUAUUGACUAGGACAUAUCUAAUCCCAUUUCAAUUGAUCUCUGGCUUAUGGAAUUUUCUGCUGUAAAUUCUCCGUAUAAAUUAAGGGCACACUAUCUUAGAACAUCCUCUAGAAAACUCUGCAUAAGACUUCAUUGAAAAGAGUCCUUUAACAGAACUCUGUUCCGAUCCAGACGUUUUGGGACUCGAAGGAGGAAGAAACCACCCGUUGUGUCGGUCGAAACAUACCUCCUUGCAUCUCACGAAACUGCUGGUAUCAUGAUCGUGAUUCAUUAUUGUCAAAUAUCUGUACUAAAACCAUCCCUAUUGGAUUUCUGGGUGAUGAUUACUCCAGCCCAGGAUUUUGGUCAAUGAUAUUCAUGCUCACAUUGAGUUUAAAUAAUCGAUGCAAAACGUAAAUAUUAUUAUAAAAACAGAAGAAAAAACAACGACACUCCUAAGUCAAAUAUCAAAUGUUGAGCAUUUGACUCCUAUUUUUCAGGCCGGUUCAUAUCAAAUAUCAGAUAGUGGCUCAGAGAGAACUAUAGCACAUAUAUGCAUAUCUUCUAGUCUAUUCGGGGGUAUAUCUACCCGACAUGAAUCGUUAAAUCAUCAAAAUACACUGAGGACACCAUAUACAGAAUUCUUCUUCUUCUUCUUCUUCUUCUUCUUCUUCUUCUUUUUUUUUUUUUAAUUUUUAGGGGGGGAGGAGGGAAAGCAGAAAAAGAAGAGGUAAACAUCUUACUCUAAGCAAAAAUGUUACUUAGUAGAUCCAUAUUGCCUUCUCUCUCAUCUUUAAUCCUCCUUUGGUCCCCUUCUAUCUCUCUAGCCAACUGCUGGCUCCAUCUCAAAAGCAUCUGACUGAUUCACCGUACCCAAUCUACCCGUGUCUUGCAGGUUAUCAUGCAUGAGCUUCAUUGAUCUGAUAUUUUCUGUACAUGGCUCGUGGUGGCCGACUCCCGCAUCCCAAUUAUCUAAAUGCCCAACAGACUGGCUCCUCAUGUGGAUCUACGUCUGUAGUUGAUGCCGUCAUCUCAUGCUGAGGGCGAUUACCACCAUUCUACUCCCACUGCUCCAGCUUUAGAGAAAGGCAAGCUGCCGCUGCUCCCUCCUCGUGCCUAUAUCUGGCCAGAAGGAUUGUCGUUGGGUACAACUUCACAUCCUCCCGAGAUGUUUCUUCGUGGAGAGUAAUGAUUCCGUUCUUGAUCGAAGCUCUAUUUUCUGGUAAUGUUAGAGAGAAAUGGGAAAUAUGUGAACUUAGUCAACGAGGGGGGUAGGAUAUUCCCUGUAUGGUAUCUUCUUGCCUUCCAUUUCCCUCUUUUUUACUUAAUUUGGGUCCACGGGAGAAGGGCGUGAAGGAUCGGUGACUUGAAGGAGUUGGGCUUCUCGCAUUCUCAACGAGUGUUUCUGGGCUCGAGUAUCCCGCCAGAUUAGUCAACGAAUUUGGGCUCCCGCCUCCAUUUCAGCCUUUCGCAUUAAGUCAACUACAGGGUGUGGAUGUGAAUACACUUGGUGGGUUGGUUUCUCGCAUAGUCCACGAGUGUCUUUGGACUCAAAUACCAAGGCAGAUUAGUCAACGAAUUUGGGCUCCCGCCUCCAUUUCAGCCAUUCACAUUAAGUCAACUACACGGGUUUGGGAGUGACUCUUUUUUCAUUGACUAUGAUUUGUUUUAUUAUCGAUAGAUCAGAGCAGCUAUCAUUGGACCGAAAAUAUUCAGAACGAGUGUGCUUAGGGUGGGUAUUAAUCUAUAAUUUGACAGGUAUUAAUGACGCGACCAUAGAAAGGGUUUCAGGGUUUAAGGAUCCUCCCCGGGCCCGGGCUUCGGACCGGGCCCAAAUAUAUGUUUCCUGGGCCCAGACCCGGAGGACAAACGGGGAGCACGAGCGUUCCCGAACUGGACUGGCCGGCCCGUGUCGAUUCGGGUUUUCCGGGCCCAUCGACGCCCUUAUUGCGCCCCGCUACGUCACAUAG